GGGCACGGUGCCGGCUCCCAGGCUAUCGCGAGAGAGGCGCCGCUAGGAGGGGAGAGAGGGCGGGGGUUGGAAGCCCCAGAGCCGGGAGCCCGGCGCAGCCGUAGCGGCUCCAGCGUCCCGGGUUCCCAGUACUCAUCAUGGCGGGGGCCGGUGCGAGCGGCCGGGAGAAGCGGGCCACGGCGGCGCGGCUGAAGGCGGCCCUGAGCGGCGGUGGCGGGGAGAGCGGGGCGGCGGCGGCGGAGCUGCAGGCGUUGCUGGAGCGGGCGCUGGCCCCGGCCCCGGGCGGCGGGGAGGCGGCGGCCGAGGCGCUGGAGUGGUGCCGCUGUCUGCUGUCGGGCGGGGAGCCCUGGGAGGGCUUCGUGCAGGCGGUGCGGGCCUACGACCCGGCCACGCUCUGCGGCCUGGUGUGGACGGCCAACUUCGUGGCCUAUCGCUGCCGGACGUGCGGCAUCUCGCCCUGCAUGAGCCUGUGCGCCGAGUGCUUCCACCAGGGCGAGCACGCCGGGCACGACUACAACAUGUUCCGGAGCCAGGCAGGGGGCGCCUGCGACUGCGGCGACGGCAACGUCAUGCGGGAGGCCGGGUUUUGUAAGCGCCACCGGAUGAAAUCAAGUUCAAAUGUUCCCUGUGUCCCAAAAGACUUGUUGAUGAUGUCAGAACUAGUUCUUCCACAAUUCAUCUUUAGUCUUAUUCAGUACUUAAGAGAAGGAUAUAACGAACCUGCUCUUGAUCUGCCAUCAGAAAAAGACCUUCACAGAAUCCUUCAGAUGUUGGAGCCUCAUGUUUCCUUUCUAGAAGACUUGACCAAAAUGGGAGGAGCAAUGCGAUCAGUCCUUACCCAGGUUUUGACAAACCAACAGUUUUACAAAGAUCUGAGCUCUGGUGUUGGAGAAAAUGCAUGUGCAAAGAAAAGUCAUGAAAAGUACCUCAUAGCUUUGAAAGGCUCUGGACUGGCAUUUCCUGAGGAUAAACUUGCAUGUGGUAUGCAGGAGCAAGCAUCUGGGACUAGCACUUUAGCAAUUCAAGGUUUAGCAGGCGCUACAACAACAUCAGGACAAGGAGAGUCUUCAGAUGAGGAGGACCAGGAUGGAAGCCAAGGUGUGGGCAAGCGCAAGAGGGUGAAACUAAGCAGCAGUACCAAAGAUCAGUCCAUCAUGGAUGUUUUAAAGCAUAAAUGUUUUCUUGAAGAAUUAUUAUUUUGGACAAUAAAAUAUGAAUUUCCACAAAAGAUGGUAACUUUCUUACUCAACAUGCUACCAGAUCAAGAUUAUAAGAUUGCCUUUACUAAAACUUUUGUUCAGCAUUAUGCUUUUAUUAUGAAAACACUGAAGAAAAGCCAUGAAUCGGACACUAUGUCUAAUAGAAUUGUGCACAUCAGUGUUCAGUUAUUCAGCAAUGAAGAGCUAGCACGUCAAGUGACAGAAGAAUGUCAACUGUUGGAUAUUAUGGUCACUGUUCUAUUAUAUAUGAUGGAAAGUUGUCUUAUUAAAAGUGAGCUGCAAGAUGAAGAAAACAGUUUACAUGUCGUAGUGAACUGCGGGGAAGCACUAUUAAAGAAUAAUACUUACUGGCCACUUGUUAGUGAUUUUAUUAAUAUCCUUUCACACCAAAGUGUGGCUAAGAAAUUCCUGGAGGAUCAUAGUCUGUUAGUAACUUGGAUGAAUUUUGUAUCAUUCUUUCAAGGUAUGAAUUUAAAUAAGCGAGAAUUAAAUGAGCAUGUGGAGUUUGAAUCACAGACCUACUAUGCUGCAUUUGCUGCCGAACUGGAAGCCUGUGCCCAGCCAAUGUGGGGACUGCUAUCACAUUGCAAAGUUAGGGAGACACAAGAGUACACAAGAAAUGUUGUCAGAUACUGCCUUGAAGCACUUCAGGACUGGUUCGAUGCUAUCAACUUUGUAGAUGAGCCAGCUCCUAACCAGGUUACUUUUCAUUUGCCACUACAUCGUUACUAUGCUAUGUUUUUGAGUAAGGCUGUCAAAUGCCAAGAGCUAGAUCUGGAUUGUAUUUUACCAGAUCAGGAGAUGUUGAUGAAACUAAUGAUUCACCCACUUCAGAUUCAGGCAAGCCUUUCUGAAAUCCAUAGUAACAUGUGGGUAAGGAAUGGUCUACAAAUUAAAGGACAAGCAAUGACUUAUGUGCAGUCUCAUUUUUGUAACUCCAUGAUUGAUCCUGACAUUUACCUAUUACAGGUCUGUGCUUCUAGACUUGACCCAGAUUAUUUUAUUUCAUCAGUUUUUGAAAGAUUCAAGGUGGUAGAUCUGUUAACAAUGGCAUCGCAGCAUCAGAAUACAGUUCUUGAUUCAGAACAUGAGAGAUCUAUGUUGGAAGGAGCCUUAACAUUUCUUGUCAUUCUGUUAAGUCUUCGCGUACAUUUAGGAAUGACAGAUGACGAAAUCCUCAGAGCAGAGAUGGUAGCCCAGCUCUGUAUGAACGACAGGACUCAUAGUUCACUACUGGAUCUCAUUCCAGAAAACCCCAAUCCCAAAAGUGGCAUUGUUCCAGGAAGUUUAAGCUUUGAAUCAAUGUUGUCAGCAGUUGCUGAUUUUAAAGCUCCCGUUUUUGAACCUGGAGGUUCUAUGCAACAAGGAAUGUAUACACCCAAAGCUGAUAUCUGGGAUAAAGAAUUUGACCCAGUCAUGGUAAUUCUUCGUACAGUUUACCGUAGAGAUGUGCAAUCUGCAAUGGACAGAUAUACAGCAUUUUUAAAGCAGAGUGGAAAAUUCCCUGGAAACCCCUGGCCUCCCUACAAGAAACGAACACCACUGCAUCCAAGCUAUAAAGGUCUCAUGAAGCUUUUGCACUGUAAAACCUUGCACAUUGUACUGUUCACACUUCUUUACAAGAUAUUGAUGGAUCAUCAAAAUUUGUCAGAACAUGUCCUUUGCAUGGUUUUGUAUUUGAUUGAAUUGGGACUAGAAGAUUCACCAGAGCAGGAGUCUGAUGAAGAAGAUUCUGUUGGUGAACAUGAACGUUGCCAUGACAGUUGGUUUCCAGAUAAUAACUUGGUGUCUAACAUGCGUCACUUUAUUAACUAUGUUCGAGUGAGAGUACCAGAGACUGCUCCAGAAGUAAAGAGAGAACCACCUGCAAGUACCAGCUCUGAUGGUUUAGCUUCUUCCCAAAGUCCAAGGCGGUCUAAGAGCCUUCAAAGAGAGAAUUCAGGGACAGCUCAAGUGUUCAGCUUGGUUGCAGAACGUAGAAAGAAAUUUCAGGAAAUUAUCAAUCGCAAUAGUAGUGAAGCAAGUCAGGUAGUUCGUCCCAAGACAUCAAUGAAAUGGUCAGCACCUGGUGCAACACCACAGCUAACCACAGCCAUUCUGGAAAUCAAAGAAAGCAUAUUGUCCCUGCUAAUCAAACUUCAUCAUAAACUCUCAGGAAAACAAAAUUCUUAUUAUCCUCCAUGGUUUGAUGAUAUGGAGGUUUUAAUCCAACCAGAAAUUCCUAAAUAUUCUCAUGGUGAUGGGAUGACAGCAGUAGAAAGAAUUUUAUUGAAAGCUGCAGUACAAAGCAGAUUGAAUAAACGGAUCAUUGAAGAGAUAUGCAGAAAAGUGACUCCUCCUGUACCACCAAAAAAGAUUAGUCCUGCAGAGAAGAAAACCUUGGACAAAGAGGAAAGACGACAAAAGGCCAGAGAGAGGCAACAAAAGUUGCUAGCUGAAUUUGCUUCAAGACAGAAAAGCUUCAUGGAAACUGCCAUGGAUGUUGAAUCACCAGAUGCUGAUAUUGCCAUGGAGAUAGCCACAUCAGAACAGCAUGUUUCUGAGGCUGUGUAUGAUUGUGUUAUUUGUGGACAGAGUGGCCCUUCCACUGAAGAUCGACCUACAGGACUAGUUGUGCUUUUACAAGCCUCUUCAGUUUUGGGGCAAUGUCGCAAUAGCACUGAGCCAAAGAAACUACCUACCAGUGAAGAGGAGCAAAUAUACCCUUCGGAUACAUGUGCAGCAGUACAUGAUGUUAGGCUUACAACAUUACAGCGGUACUUUAAAGAUAGUUCCUGUCUGCAAGCAGUGUCUAUAGGCUGGGAAGGAGGUGUUUAUGUACAAACUUGUGGUCAUACGUUACACAUAGAUUGUCAUAAAUCUUACAUGGAAUCAUUAAGAAAUGACCAGGUCCUCCAGGGUUUUUCUGUGGACAAAGGAGAAUUUACCUGUCCCCUCUGUAGGCAAUUUGCAAACAGUGUUCUUCCUUGUUAUCCUGGAAACAGUGUGGAAAGAAGCCUUUUGCAAUGUCAUAGUAACAAGAGUAUGCAAGAUCUUAUAAAAGAGGUGGAAGAGCUUCAAGAACAGCUGGGAACUUUCCCAGUAAGCAUCAGUUCUGAAACCAAUCUUAGUAAGGAAAUGGAAUCUGUAAUGAAAGAUAUAAAAAGUACGACCCAGAAGAAAUAUACAGACUACAGUAAGACUCCUGGAUCACCAGACAAUGAUUUUCUCUUCAUGUAUUCUGUAGCUAGAACAAACUUGGAACUUGAACUGGUUCAUCGAGGAGGCAAUUUAUGCUUAGGCGGGGCAAGCACAGCUGGAAAAAGAUCUUGUUUAAAUCAGCUGUUCCAUGUUUUGGCCAUGCACAUGCGGCUUUACAGCAUUGACUCUGCGUAUAACCCAUGGAGAAAACUAACACAGCUAAUGCAGGAUAGGAAUUCACAGAUGAGCAGUGAAGAAUUACCAGAGGUUCCAGUACUUUACAGAGAUGUCUCAUCCCUUUUGCUCAUCCAGAUUUUAACCAUGCCACAACCAUUGUGCAAAGAACACUUUACCUGCAUUGUAAAGGUGCUGUUUACAUUAUUGUAUACCCAAGCCCUGGCAGCAUUUUCUGUAAAAUGCAGCGCUGAAGACAGGGUGGCAUGGAAGAACUCAGGAGCUCUGAAAAAGAAUACAUCCAAUGGAGAAAAGUCUUGGGAAGCAUUACUGAGUCAUGUGAUUUCUGAGCUCUCUAAAGGGAAGAUGUUUGAGGAAGGAGAAACUGAAGAAUUAGCAAUGGUUAGCUCUAGUGUUUGGUCUCCUGAGUCAAUAGAGUGUUAUCUGCAGCAGUUCUGCCUGCCUUUCCUCAGGAUCACCUGCCUUCUUCAACAUCAUCUUUUUGGAGGGGAUUUACCCAGUUGUCAGGAAGAUGAAGAAUUUACAGUUCUUACAAACUGCCUGGGUCUAUUACCAUCAUCUUUUCAGUCACCACAUCAAUUCACCAGUGCCUCUUGCCUUGAAUGGCCAGUGCCAGCAUUUAAUAUGAUAUCACAGUGGUGCUUAGAAUUGGCUUCAUUUGCAGACAGACAUGCAGAACAAGUGAAGGUUUUGCUUAUACAGGAGCCUAAGUGGGACUUGCCAUGUCUCCUUCAGUUGCCUGAAAAUUAUAAUACCAUCUUCCAGUAUUAUCACAGAAAGACUUGUACUGUCUGUACCAAGGUUCCUAAAGAUCCUGCUGUUUGUCUAGUUUGUGGUACUUUUGUAUGCUUGAAAGGACUUUGCUGCAAACAACAGAGUUACUGUGAAUGUGUACUGCAUUCCCAGAACUGUGGAGCUGGGACAGGAAUAUUUCUUCUGAUCAAUGCAUCUGUAAUCAUCAUCAUUCGAGGCCAUCGUUUCUGCCUUUGGGGUUCUGUUUAUCUAGAUGCACAUGGUGAAGAAGACCGAGAUCUUAGGCGUGGUAAACCUCUCUAUAUAUGUAAGGAAAGAUAUAAGGUGCUUGAACAGCAGUGGGUAUCUCAUACCUUUGAUCACAUCAAUAAAAGAUGGGGACCACAUUACAAUGGAUUGUAAACUAUCACUAUAUUGUACCGUAUCAUCGCCUUACCAUGAAUGAAUGCAACUUGACUGACAAUAGCUUUAACUGAAUGUGGGUUUAGCUCUUUCACAGGGAGGGCGAGGGGGGGAGUGAAACUAUGCCAUUAUAUGAAGUCUUUCAAUAAUUAGGUGCUUUUGGUACCAAAUUAAUGGUAUGACAAUUUAAAAAUCCGUUCUGAAUGGUGUGAAAAAUCUAAAUUCAUUCAGUAGUCUCCUUUUGUUUUGUAUUUUUAGAAUUCCACUAAUGAUAAGAAGCACAAGUUGUACUUAUACUUGUUUAGGGAUGACAGGUCCCAGGAACUUAUAUUUCUCUGGGUGGAAUUGAGUCAUUUAGCAUCUUCUGCUGAAACACUAUAUGUGUAUUACAUCUGCUAAACAUACUGGAUAGAUUUUUCUUUGCCUUUCUUGUAUUAAUUUGAGAUUUUUGCUUGAUAUCCAAUUGUAAUUAUAUAAAACACAUGAUUUGUGAGACUGUAUAGUAACACUGGGUCUAAAAUAGAACUUUAAAGAACAUUUCACUUAUUGUGAAAGGUCUAUUGAAAGAUUUCACGCAUUGCUGAAAACCUUAUUUAUUCUCAGGAAUUUCAUAGAUAUUUUCCAUGUAUAAAUGAAAUAGCUGCGAAUUAAGUAGCUUGCUAUGAAAACAGAACACGUAUUCUUUCUUAUUUUUUCUUUUCCAGAAAUGAAAUUUGCCAUUUCAGUUGAGUAAAUUACUGGUGAUAAUAUAUAUAGAUGUUACUGUAUGUACAAAAUUUGUCAGACUUACAACAUGGCAGGUUCUAAUUACAACCCUGCCUGCCUUUCGUUGCCAACCAGAUGCAUGUUUCAGAAUGAUUGGAUUGGAAACAUGUGGGUUAUCCUGCAAAUAAAACAUAAUUUUGAAUCUUUCAUGUCAGCUCAAGAGGUUCAUCUGUAUUGUAUUUGUGCAGAGUAAUCAGUGCUCUUUCUGCUUGAUUUCCUAAAAAGAAAAAAGCGCAAUAGAGGUGGCCCUGGUGAAUGAGCAAUGCAUCUGAAUCCUCAUUGGAAGAAUGCCGAAUAAACAGUUUAUAUUCAGAGGUCUUACAGAUCCAUGAGAAUAGGCAUGAUUGGGCUAAACUCCACACUGUAAGUAGGUAGGGAAGAUUACAGAUAAAUACUGGUAUGUAAUAUAUUGCUACUAAGCUUUUCUCUCAAAUGAGUCAGACAUUUGUUGGCUAUUUCAUACAGUACUAUCAAGCAGUUCCUGGUACUAUGGACUUUUCAUAGCUUGUUAUGUAAAAUAAAAUUUAUAUGUGUAAAAUAAAAACAUCUAAUGCUAAAACCAUGUGUACAAAAUGAAAACAGAUCCCUCUUUAAGGGUCUCACUGAAAGUCAUUAUCUAGUGAAAAGUGUAUAGGGGAAAUACAAUGACCAUACAGCAGUCAAGAGCAGUGGACAGACAAAAAAAAUCCACUUAAAAAAAAAAAUAGUGAUGCCCUGAGGGUUUUCCCCAAGAUCUACAAUUAAAAUACAUUAUAAUGGUGUGCUGUUUUUUAUAUAUAUAUAUUUCAAAAGCAUUAGAAUACUACUUGUAAGAUUAGAAUUAUUCUGUUUCACCAACUGAAUAGCUAUGUCUUUUCCAAAAUACUACUUUUUUAAUAUUGUAUCAUAAGUUCAGCCUGUAAUAUUUUUGCAUUGCUCAUAAUGAAUUAUUAGGCCAUUUUGUAAACGUGGUUGAAGAGCAAAAAGAUUCUUUACAUCUCCAGCACAACAUUAUUACAGGGCUCACGAACUUGAGUAAUCUAUAGUUUGAAACUCUGAUGCUAUAUUUACAAGAGAUAAUGUCUCCAGAAAUUGAUUACUGUGUAUUAUUUAAAAUAGAAUGUUUUAUGGUUGUGCAUAUGGAUGUGAAGUAAAAUUAUUAGCCUUAACUUUAAAAUCUGGGUAUUUCAUAGUGUUUAUUUUGGUAUUGGUGAAUUAGUCACCAGUCAAUUAAAAAAAGAAAAAAGCACUUGAUUCAAGAAUUUUACUUGAAUAUACAUGCAUGCUGCUAAACUAGAAUUUUGAUUUCCCCCAUAACUUUUUAAAGCCUGCUAUAUUAAGCUUACUUUGAAAAAUAACAGCUCCAAACUAGAGUGGUGGGUGUGGGUGUGUGCAUUCUUCAAAUGUACUGGUGUGGUAUCCUGGCUGAAUGAUCAUUUAAGUACAGUACAUUACUGUAGCAUUUAAAUCACUUUAUAACACAUCAAAAGGUACAAAAAUAGGAAUACAGUAAUCAACAUUGUAAGAUAUGUUAAUAAAAGUCUACUAUCA